CAGAGCCAAAGGUGAGACCAGAAAUGUAAAUGUGCUUUUCAAGUUACAUGAGCAUAAAAUAGCUGAGUUAAUUUCAUCUUAAAUUAAACUAUACAUUUGAUAAUACAGCUUGCGGUGGUCCGUUUUGUUGGGAGCCCGGAGGUUUUCGUGAAUUCGGUGUAAACCUCCGCUUGGCCUUCCGGUGGCGUUCGACCCAAAGCGCAAUGAUGUGGCGAGCAGCCGAAGAAGAAUCAGGGCGGAAAUUAACGCGUAAGCCGAAAGCGCGCGGCGGAAUAUGUUUUCAUUCUGUCUGAAAGUAAAACAGGAUGUGGGCGGAGUCACAGCCGGGGCCAUCCAGAUGUACACCACGCAUGCAUGGUUACUGCGCUUACUGCAGAGUCCUCUACAGCGACCUAGAUCAGCACCUGUCCAGUCUCCGACACCUGAAUUGUGUUCAAGCGUCCUCGAGGGUUGCCGCCGGUUGUUCCUUUGCUGACAGCAGUCAUGCCAAAGGAACUCUGCUGGAGCGUUUUCUGCAGGAUGUUCUGUCGCACCACCCGCACUUUUACAAUGACCCCAGACCGUCUCAUGCAGACCUCCCAUCUCCCGUCUCCACUCCUCUUUUGCCAAGGGAGGAGCUUGAUGAAGUCUGUUUCUCUGACGAUGACUUGUCAUUGGGCACACGGGAGUAUCUGCACAGCUCAAACAACGUGUCAACUAGUCCAGGAGAAAAUGCUGACUCCUGCAGCCAAUUAGGCAAGAGAAAAUCAGUGGGGGCCACUCAGAGUCAUUUUACCCAGUUAAAUGAGCAAGAGGAUGCAAGGACUAUCCACUCAGGGCACACAAAUCUACCAAAACAGGCCCUGGCGCCUCUGCACAGGAAAGCACAUAGGAAAACAGACAGAAGGAAAACCAAGAAGUCUCUGACCUCUGUCGUUUCACCCGAGUGUCCACAUGCAGGCACUUGUCCCCAGCCUGUUUUUGUGCCACAGCCUUGGCAAAGUUGCCAUAAGGAGCAGUGGGCAGCUUUCAAAGAGGAGGUCUUCUCAUCGCCACAUAAUGACCUUGUGGACCAAACUAUUGAGGAGGUAAUCCAAACAUGUUGUCAUGGCAAUAGCUUGAAUUCUUGUUCGGUCGAGGAGACGGACAGCUUUCACGUCAGUCUGCCUCACUCUCUUCAAACACAGAGUGACUGGGACUCACCUGGACAGGUAGAGUCAUGUGCCCCGCUGGUCCAGACGCAUGUGAGGGACUUGAGCCAUCUGACUGAUGUUCAGGUGGACCUAACGGACCAGGUGUACUCCCAGCAGUUAGAAUCCGCCCUCUGCAGUAAACAUGGUACAGUCCAACACGGAGUAUUCACGACUGUUCCAAGAGAAGUGCCAAAACAUUUGCCAGAGUCCUUCAGAGGGAAGACGUGGGCCCAGAUCGAAGAGGAGGAUGAAAAGAAGGUUGACGACCUGGUCCGACAGUUCAGACAAGGUCGUUUUGUCUGCUACUUCGACAGCGAGUCCCUUGCCAGGUACGGGACCAGGAACAAAGAGGAGAAUGGACCUGGUGACACAGUGGCAGAGUCAAACAUGGAUGUCUUCCCUUUCCUGAACGAUCAUGAGGACGAAGUCCCAACAAAGCGUGACUUCAGGAUGGCAUCCAGGUGUCAGGUGGUCAAAGUGAGUCACGCCACUCAGACCGCCCACCUGGUCGUCCCAUCUGUCUGUCAACCGGGCGCAAAGGCCACACCAACCAGCGUCUUUCAAGGUGAUUGUAUUCGAGAGGAAAAGACCCCAGAGAUGCGAGGCUCACGCCUCCCGCCUGCGUACUCCCCCGCCCUCACACCGCUCCAGUCGAACACCUCUCUGGUCUACCUUCUCUGCUCCCCUACUUUUCCCGCCACUACUUACACACCUGCUGCAAGCCCAUCACUCAAGCGCAGCAGGAAAAAACAACAUCCACAAGACUUUCACAGGCUGAAGGUGAAAUACAAACAAUUUCCUGUGCACUUUUAUGAUCACCGCAGCAAUCGCAUCAUAAAGAACCCCCCCAAAGGUUUUAAGGUUAGCAAAAGAUCCACUCGCCAGCCUUUGCCACCUUGUGUUCGCCAGUUGUUUCGAAGUCUGAGCCCGGACCUGAACACAGAGAGGUGGUCCAAGGAGGACGGCUUAGAUUCUUCUAGGGUCAAUAGUCAGAAGCUUUCGAGCACUCCUAGCACAAACCUGACACAGACUCUUAAACACGAAACCUCUCCUCCAGUGCAUCGAACAAGGUCAAAGGAAGUAAGAUCAGGGAAUGAAGCAAGACCAAAUCGCCCCAGAAGGAGGGUCAACGUUCAGACCACCACAACACCACCACCACCACCACCACCCAGGAGAAGUGGACUCCGUCAAAAGAAAACUGCACCCCUAUACCCUACAGAACCAAACCUACGGCGAGGGAGGUCUCAGAGAGGGAGGGGCUGUGAGAAGACUCCAAAGUAGCACAUUUGUUAGAACUGCAAGACUUGACCAUUUGAAAAUAAACAGGGAUGCGGGAAGAUAAGGCUUUGGCCACUCAUUUACAUUGCACAACAGCAUUUUGGAGAGCAAAAACAAAAUGUAUUAAGUGCAACAGAAAAAAACCUUUGUCAAAAUAUGAAGAUAUUUGAAAGAACAUCUCAUUGGAGAUAGAUAAAGGGGGUAAAAAAAAAAAAAAAAUAAAUAUAUAUAUAUAUAUAUAUAUAUAUAAGUAUACACACUCCUGUUCAAAUGACAGAUUUUUUUUAUUUUAAAAAUGAGAUCAUUUCAAAACAUUUUCCACAAUUAAUCUGACCUUCACUCAGUCUCAAUUAACUGAAAAAUAUAUUUUGGAGACAAAUAAAUUAUUUC